ACUAUUAUUACAGAAUGUUAAAAUCAAAUGUUUUUUAUCUAUUCAUAUUGUUUGCUAUUUUUGCCAUAUUAUUGAAAUAUUAUUUAAAUUUAUCAUUAACCUCCAGUGAAAAUAUUGAUAAUAAUAAUAAUGAUUUUGAUAACGAUGUAAUUGUACAAACUAGCACCGGUACGUUUAGAGGACAGACCCUCAAUGAACUGCAUAAGCGAGUCGACCAAUUUUUGGCGAUACCUUACGCGGAACCACCUAUUGGUAGCCUUAGGUUUGCUAAGCCGGUGCCAAUCAGAUCAACAAACAAUGAUGUUAUUAUAGAUGCAACAAAAGUCGGCAAAUCUUGUAUACAAAAUACGGUACAAAAUAUCGGCGAAUUGCUCGAUGGGGUCACGGGUCAGGUAGAUGAAAGUGAGGACUGUCUAGUGUUGAACAUAUGGACCGCAAAUCGGAUCAAUUAUCAGAGUAAUGGUCAUUUACAAGCGGUUAUGUUUUGGAUACACGGCGGUGCAUUGAGUUUGGGCUCCAUAUUUGACCAUCUAUACAACGGUAGUCUACUGGCCACACACGAUGUUUUGGUAGUGUCUACCAACUAUAGACUGGGACAGUUUGGUUUUCUAUAUGGUGGCACUGAGUCUGCACCGGGAAAUGUAGGAUUUUAUGAUCAGUUAUUGGCAUUAAAAUGGGUUCACGAAAACAUACAUUUAUUUGGCGGAGAUAGGGAUCAAAUUACUAUAUUUGGUGAAUCGGCCGGCAGUUGGUCGGUAUCGGCACACAUACUGUCGCCGCUAUCUAAAGGCCUAUUCAAACGGGCUAUAUUAGGCAGUGGUGCACUAGUCUUCAAUAAGGACCGUCCGAUACUUGACGCCAGUAAUGGCAUAGAAAAGUCCAGACAAACGGCAAAUAAAUUGAAUUGUAGUGAAAAAUAUGGCGACAAUUGGCUCGACUGUCUCCGGGAUGUCGACGCCAAGCAACUGAUUGAAACUGACGAAAACGGUGGCUCACUGUACAUAACUUACCCGGUGUUUGGCACUGAAUUUUUACCUAAUCUACCGAAACAGGUCAUCGACAACAAGCUGUUUGACAUUAAUGUCGAUGUAAUGUCUGGUGUUACCAGAGAGGAAGGGGUGAUAAUGGCUGUGAUGCAGUAUCACGAAAUUAUGGACGACCUGUUUGAUCUGCAAAAGUUUCGCACAGUUGUUGAUAAAGUUAAUCAGGUUUUGCAUAACAUAGACACCAAAAAGGUGUCCGAUUUAUAUACCAAAACCGUUGACCGUAAAAAUGCCAGUCAAUUGCGUCGGGCGUUUGGCGAGUUUUAUGGCGAUAUUUUUCUGAAGUGUCCCACAUAUGAGUUGGCCCGUAAAAUAGCGGAAACCGGUGGCCAGAGUGCAGUUUACUUUUAUCAGCUUAACUAUCAGAGCAAACUAUUGGCACCGUUUGGGUGCGACGACAGUACCAUUUGUCAUGGCUCAGACCUGGACUACAUAUUUGGUACACCGCUUAGGGAUCAAAAUGCUUAUACGGAAACUGACUAUGAUUUUAGUAUGGAUAUCAUGAAAAUGUGGACUAAUUUUGCUAAAUAUGGUAAUCCUCGCAGUUAUUGGCCCAAAGUAUUGGACAGUAAAACAUCGGAUAGUAAAACAUUUAAAGUAAAAUUAUUGCAUCCAAACAAUAUGAACCAGAUUUUAGAGGAUCCCUAUAAAAGCACAUGUGAUAUGAUUUGGAAAAAUUAUUAUUUUUAA